AUGGCAUCGGCCUUUGAGAAGGUGGUCAGGAGUGUGGUCCGGGAGCUGGACCACAAGGAGCUAACCCCUGUGGACAGCCUGCGGAGCUCCGCCAGCUUCCAGCCCUACAGCCUUUUGAGCAGGAAGCCCUUGAGCUCACGGUUCUGGAGACCACGCUACAUGUGUGUCAACUUGUCCAUCAGGGACAUCCUGGAGCCCGACAUGCCGGAGCCAGCCCUGGAGUGUGGUGGCACCUUCCAGUUCCAAGACACGAUGGACGGGCAGCUGCAGGGCAGCAUGAAGCUGGCAGCCCCAGGACAGGGCAGGCUCUCAGGCGGGGCCGCGGUGUCCGGCAGCUCCAGUGCCUCGAUGGACCUGUGCACUCUGAGAGUGGCCCCCAACACCUGGGAAGCCAUGCACCGCGAAAGACGCCUGCGGCAGCCUGAGCCCAAAACCCUGCAGCAGUUGCGGAGUCGGGGGGAUGACGUGUUCGUAGUGACCGAGGUGCUGCAGACACAGAAGGAGGUGGAGGUCACCCGGACGCACAAGCAGGAGGGCUCAGGCCAGUUUGCACUUCCGGGAGCCCUCUGCUUGCAGGGCAAAGGCGAGGGCCACCUGAGCCGGAAGAAGAUGGUCACCAUCCCCUCAGGCAGCACCCUCGCAUUUCGGGCAGCCCAGCUGGUUAUUGGCUCUGACUGGGACAUCCUCCUCUUCCCAGACAAGAAGCAAAGGACCUUCCCGUUGCUGCAGGCAGGUGAGGCCCAUGCACCUGGGAAGUGGGACAGGCUGAUAAGGAGAGCCCAGCACAGCACAUCUGGGAGACACACACACAUACCUGUCCCCACAGAUGGGUCCAUGGAGCACUGGCUGGCGACCACUGAUGGCUUCCAGGGCCUGCGGGCAGAGGUGGAGGCCUGGGCCAUGGGCCUGGAGGGCUUGUCCAAGGGGCCAUGUGGGCAGCUGCUGGGUGGCCUGGGGCAGGUGCUAUGGGACGAGCCGGCUCUGCAAGCCCUGGAGGAGUCGCUGGAGCAGGGCCUGUGCAGUGGGCAGGUGGAGCCACAGGAUGGCCCGGUGGGCACCAUCCUCGAGUCCCUGGUGCUGUCCUCUGGACAGCUGGAAGCAGAGCUCGCAGGCCCCGUCUUCUACCUGCUGCAAGGGCUAGCAGCGCUGAGUGAAGCCCAGCACGUGCUGCUGGCUAAGGUGCUGGAGACGGGGGCCCUGUUGGGGACCUUUCGGCUGGUGGAGAGCCUUGUGGAGCAGAGCAGCCCGUGGCAGGAGCGCCAGGCUGUGUCCCUGCCGCCCGAGUGCCUGGGCGACAGCUGGGGCUCAGAGGCGCCCGCCUGGACCCUGCUGGAGGCGUGCGGCCUGGAGCCCCAGGUGGCCGCCCCCCAAGUGUGCUGGGAGCCGGAGGCCUGCAGCUGUGCGUGCGCACUUUACGCCUGCCUGGCACUGCUGCUCAGGCUGAGCCGGCUCUGCUAG